GUGCUGCCCGCGCUCAUGUCCUCUCUUUCUAUCCUGCACCCCACCUGCGCCGUUUAGCAAUACGCGCCGCUCCCUUCCAGAAACAAACCAAAUUCUGAUUUUCUCCAUUUCUUUUGCCAAACUCUUUCCUACCACAGCAGUCACUCACUCCCACCAUUUCCCCCCACCCGCAAAUUUCGAUUUUCAAUAAGGUUUAGGAUUAGGGUUUUGUCCCCACUCUCAAUCGAACUUAUAUGCAGUUCGCGUAAUCGAGUAUCUGUUUCUGGGGGUGUGUUGUGCUGAUAAUUUUGGGAAAUUAGGGUUAUUCUUUGUGAUAUUCUCCUGACUUGAUUCUCCAAUGCUUUGGCGUAGCUAGUUUGUGUAGCAUUUAUAUGGCUCCGAGCCGGAGAAAAGGUGCGAGUAAGGCGGCGGCAGCGGCGGCUCGGCGGAAGUGGGAAGUCGGCGAUCUCGUGCUCGCUAAAGUCAAGGGCUUUCCGGCCUGGCCUGCCACUGUGAGCGAGCCACAGAAGUGGGGUUACCCUACUGAUCUGAAGAAAGUACUUGUUCACUUUUUUGGGACUCAACAAAUUGCUUUCUGUAAUCAUGCUGAUGUUGAAGAGUUCACGGAAGAGAAAAAAGUAUCUCUGCUAGGUAAACGCCAUGGCAAAGGUUCUGAUUUUGCUCGUGCAUUAAGAGAGAUAGUUGAUUGCUUUGAGAAGCUGAAGAAACAGGACCUGGUUAGUGAUAAUCUCACUGAGGAAACUGUUACCACCAAUGAAAACAACUCAGAUGAGUCCUUGACUAGAUCUGUGAACGAUGAAGCUGCCGUGACUACAGUUAAAGAACUUUUUGGUGGAUCUACUAAUGAUUUGAACUCGCUAACUGAAGCUGCUGUAGCUGCAGCAGCUGAAGAUGCUCUGCAUGAUGAGGAGAUGCGACUGGAGGAGGCACAUUCAAAUUCUGGGUUUACUGAAAUACAUGUGUAUUCAACAAGAAGCAAAACAGAUGCCUCUCAUUCACGAAGUAUUGGUAAGCAGAGGAGGUUAUCUGCUAGAAAAUUGAGAAGUUUUUCAAGGGUGGAUGUGGGUAGACUGCAGAAGCUAACAUUGCCUCCUACCGACAACCAUAGGAGCUCUAGGCGGUUGGGUGCUAAUGCCCAGGAUAGAUCUCUCAGAAGAAGUAGAAGGAUCAUUAAAUCAUCUGAUGAUUAUGAGGGGAACAAUGCCAACUCACCUCCUUUUCCGUCUAAUGGUAGCGUGGAAGAGAAUGAUUCUGAGAUUAUGACAGCCGACUCCGAUUCAGAUAGUCUCAAUGAUGGCAGCUCUGUAGACUCAGGAUGUAAACCUGUAGAGGAGGAGCCUUUCACCGAAAGGAGCGAAGGAGCAACAGAGUUGAGUGACAGGCUCGACUUUCAAACUAAUGCUAAUAUUAUCAAGAAGAAAAGGAAGCCUAAUCGAAAAAGACAUAGAAGUGAUAUGGUGGCUAAAUUGGAUGAGGUUGUUUCAGAGACUGAAAUUCUCAAGACUGACUGCCUUUCACCUAGUAAUAAUGAAAAAGUGGCUGAAAAAUGUCUGAAAGAAGACGGGGAUGAGCAUCUACCCUUAAGCAAAAGGGCUAGAGUUCGUUUGGGUAAAUCAUCACCUGUUGGGGAUGAAGAUUCCAAAUUAGCUCAUGAAGCAGUAAAAACUCUGAAAGUUCCUGAAACUUCUAUACAGUCUGAUGGGGUCUUGAAUAUUAAGGUGCAUGUUCCUCCUGAUACGGAAGCAAUCCCCAUCAAAGAAGAUUCAGAUAUUUCACCUAUAUCGCAUGACAGUGCUGAUAGAAAGCCUCAGUAUUGGGAAACUAGAAAGAAUCUUGUGGAUGGUGAAGCUGCUUUACCUCCAUCAAAGCGUCUACAUCGUGCUUUGGAGGCAAUGUCUGCUAAUGAAGCUGAGCUUAGUCAGAGAACUUCUAGUUGUUCACCGAAGGUGGAUACUCCUAAUGAAGGCUGUUCUUCUGUGAAAUGCUUUGAGCUGUCCACAGAAGAAAAAGCUGUUGGUGAAUUGGGAUUAGGAUCGGUGGGGGAUCUUAGUACUGGAGCUCCUCUGUCAAGUGCUUCUGGGUCCUGUCCUGGGUUAAAUGUGGAAGUCCAAGAAAAUAAUGGGAAAACCGUUGAGGUGGUGUUAGAUUGUUGUAAAUCUUCUGGUGUUGGUAGCUCAAAUCUAGAAUCAUGCAAGGAUUCAUUUCGACAUGCUGAAGGUGUUGAGUGCUCGAAUGAGUGCCCUGAUUCUGUGCAUCAACAUUUGAAUCCGGAUUUACAGAACACUCUCAGUUUGUCUCAUUUAGACUGCAGCAGGCCAUGCUCGAUUUCAUCUCCCUAUGGUUGCAAAACCGAACCUUUAGGGUUUAAGGAGACAGAUAAGAGAACUGAUGCCAAGAUUUCCCCAAUGGACUCAGAUUCUCUCUUGGUGGAAGAGAUUACUGAUGUUUCACUUGAUAUUGAGAAAUGUAAACAUAUAGAUAGUGCAGAUUGUGGUGAUGAACUACAAAAGACAACAAGCCUUUCUUUAUCUGAGAACCAAGAUAGCCAGAGGUCUGGAUUUAUCAGAGAAGCAAGACUAUCAUGUGCAGAUUCUAAUGUUGUGCCUUCAGUUAGUCCCUUGAAAGUUUUGAGUAGCAGUCAUCUAGAAGAUGGAGUUGUCUCAGUUGCUCAGUCUUCUACACAUGUAACCGAUCGGACAGAAUCUGUUACAAAAUCAUCUCCUCCCAGUUCUUCCUUAUGCUACAUUUCAUCAUCUGAUAGUUAUGUUGAAAAGAGAGGCUCUUGCGGUAAUGCUCAAUUGCAUCCUGAAAAAGCUAAACUUGGGGUCAAGUCAAGCAAUAAGGUGGAGCUUUUGUCAUCACUUGAAGCUGUCAUCAGAUCUUUGACGAGGACAAAGGAGAGCAUUGGUCGGGCAACACGGAUUGCUAUUGACUGUGCUAAACUUGGUUUUGCAUCUAAGGUGGUUGAAUUACUGGCCCAUAAUUUGGAAAGUGAAUCAAGUCCACACAAAAAGGUUGACUUGUUUUUCCUUGUUGACUCAAUCGCGCAGUGCUCUGGCAGCAUGAAAGGUGAUGCUGGUGUAUAUCCCUCAGCAAUUCAGGCAGUCUUGUCACGUUUACUAUUGGCUGCUGCUCCUUCUGGUACUGGUUAUUGUGACAAUCAUAGGCAGUGCUUAAAAGUUUUGAGAGUGUGGCUAGAGAGGAAGAUCCUUCCAGAGACCUUAGUUCGUCACCACAUUCGAGAACUUGAUGCUCUUUAUCGUUCACAUGUUAGUGGUGGCUCUCGGAGAUCUUGUAGAUUUGAAAGGCCUUUUGAUGAUCCCAUCAGAGAAAUGGAAGGCAUGUUGGUUGAUGAGUAUGGAAGCAACUCAAGCAUCCAGCUUCCUGGUUUCCGUAUGCCUCCUAUGUUGAGGGAUUCUGAUGGAGGAAGUGAUUCUGAUGGAGAGAACUUUGAGGCUGUCACUCCUGAGCAUAAUAUGGAAAAUGUACAUGUUGAUGGAGAAUCAACUGUGACUGCUGCAGUUGAAAAGCGUAGCCAUAUCUUGGAAGAUGUUGAUGGUGAGCUUGAAAUGGAAGAUGUGGCUCCAAGCUGUGACGCUGAAGUUACUUCUACCAGUAAUAUUGCUGAUAGCCAUUAUGGAGCGCCAUUUGCUGCUCAACAACACGAGGAUGCGCAUCUGAUAUCUACACGUUUUGCGGGGUCUGCCCCACCUCCCCCUCUGCCUCCACCUCAUUCUCCCCUUCCGCCACCACCACCUCCACCUCCACCUGCGCCUCCAGCUCAUCCACUACCCCGAUCGGGUUUUCCUCCUGCUUUGCUUGAUUCUGUUCCCAAGUUUUCUCAUUCAAAUUCUCAGGAACCCAAUGCAAGGCGAUCUCCUUCACCAAGAAUCAAGCCAAGAACCUUGGACAUGGUGCAUCAUCGUCAUUACGACAACAGAGACUCUGAAGCCCAAUUGCCAAGACAGAUGCCUUACUGCAGUAAUAAUCGUCCUUGCAAUGACCAGCCUACCCCCCAUUUCUCUGGUAGAUCAUCAAAUGGCUUCCAUCCAGCAGAUGGGGCUUUCAGCAAGGGUUUUCAUCUGCCCCCACCUCACCCUGCUCCUUCAGAUCAUUUUUCAUAUGUCCAAGAGCCACGAGUCCAAUCACGAAGGGAUAUUCCACCCCCUUCUCAUCCCAACAGAUUCCCAUCGCGUAGCGCAGAAAAUGGAAACUUUUACAGGGAUCGAGACAGAUAUAAGUCUGGUCAACGGGAUAAUAUUGGAGAGCACUGGAGGCCACGGUUGCCGUCCGUCUCUGGUCCAUACCAUUGUGAUGGUUCCAGAAUGGCUCAUGCACCAAUGCCAUACUCUGGCCCAGUCCGUGAGACAGAAUUUUCCAAUAAUAGGUGGAAUUACCCUCCACGUUCCAUGAACCACAGACAAUUGAAUCCUUAUGGACCACCUUCUGACGGCCCUAUUCCGGUGGCAAAUAAAGGUCCUAACUUUUGGAAACCGAGAUAACUUGUUUGCAUCAGCUACAUCAAACUGGUAAUUUGACACGUGACCACAUCCUACGAAAAUGUUCUUGCAUGUAUUCCUGUUUGCUGAUUCUGCAAUCUAUAUGGUUAGCUCAGUCUUUCAACGGAGAGAUAACUCUUCCGGGACUGUAGAGGGAUACUGAUUUCACCAUCAAAGAAGAAAUGAUGUGCUCCUCUGGUGGUUGUACAUACAUAUGUUGUGAAUCUGUCCGUGGCUGCCCUGUGAACAGAGAAUGAGAGGCUGUUUGGUAAGUGGGAGAUGUAAUAUUAUCCCUAGGCCGCUAAAUUAUGAUUGCAUAUGUUGAAUCUAUAAGAUUUUGGAGCAACAAUAUAGGAUCUGCCUUCAACAUCAAGAUGAUGAUUUGUAUCGUCUGCCCCAUUCUCUUUGUUUCUAAUUAGGUGGCUGUCGUUGUAUAAUUAUUACGGUUACCCUGUACAUUUUGAGUUGUUCGACUUCCUCAGCCGAUCACAAUUAUUCUAGCUCAAGGUUACAUGUCAUUAACCAAAUUUUCCUCUAUAAUGGCAAUAUAUUGCGUAUUGCAUCUUGGCUCUAA